AUGCCCUUGUUGCAUGUGACCGAUCGCUUCCGUUCCAAAUGGCGCAACAAAGGUGUCGAUCUUGACCAGCAUCAACGACGGCAAUCGAUGCCAGGGCGUGUACAAACGAUACGAACCCCUCCACCGCCACCGAGUGCUGACAGCUUACUAUGUGGUAUUGGUGAAUACAUCUUUCUUCAACGACUUGGCCAAGGCAAAUUUAGCAAAGUGAUGCUUGCUCAGCAUGUACGAACAGGUGAAAAGUACGCUAUCAAGAUUAUUGACAAGCGAAUCCAUGAUUAUCGCAUUGUGUCACGUCUGGCGAGGGAAAUCAAUCUCAUGGCAUCUUUGGAUCAUCCACACAUUGUGCAUCUGUACGAGACUUUUGAGACUGCAGAUAGCCUGUUUUUGGUCAUGGAGUACAUCAGGGGAGUCAACCUUGACGAGCACAUGCAACAAUGCCGUCAUCUGGAUGAGGUCGAAGCACGCAAAAUAUUUCGUCAACUCGUAUCAGCCGUCGACUAUUGUCAUUCGCAGCAUAUCGUUCACAGAGAUCUCAAGGCACCCAAUGUACUAUUGACACCAGAGGGCCAAGUGCAUUUAGCUGAUUUUGGUUUGGGUAAUCGGUUUGGGCUACAGCGUCUCAAGACCAUCUGUGGUUCAAUGUUGUAUUACAGCCCAGAGAUCAUCACUGGUCAAAAGUAUGUGGGUCCUGAGAUUGAUUGUUGGUGCCUUGGCAUUCUAUUAUUUCGUAUGGUAUCCGGUUAUGAGCCAUUUGGACAUGCACGUACUGUUGGCGAGCUCAAGCACGAUGUAGUCAAUGGAUACUAUCCCAUGCCAAUGCAUCUCAGUGAUAGCUUACAAGCUACCAUUCGUAAAUGCCUUGCUUGUGACAAGAAAGAUCGCAUGAGUAUACGUCAAGCACUGUAUGAUGAUCCCUGGCUCAAUGAUGAUGGUCAUUUACCAUCCCCUUUUGCCACCACCUCCACCUCCACCACCAUCAACUCCUACAACAACAACAACAGCAGCAGCAGCUAUCAGCACCCCUCAUCCUCCUUGCUUAUGGAAGAAAAACAAUUCAAUGUUCACAAGACCAUCGUGUAUCAUCCAAUCAACACCUCUAUUUAUUUCACUGGCAGUGCUACUACGACACCUUCUCUUGAAGAGAAUGCAAAAACAAAGGAAAUGCUGCGGGCCGAGCAUUAUCAACACCUGAUAACCACGUUGAAUGAAACACAAUUACGACCCAUGACGCCCAACGAUUCAUCAUCGUUUCGUUUGAAUCAUUUAUUUUACAAGCUUUACAAACGAAUCACCAAAGCCGAUCAUCUUACUUACUACACCAUGAAUACGUCACUGCUACCCUACCGUCAACCUGCAGACACGCUCUUGAUGUUAGUACGCUUAGCUUGUGAAUUGCUGGGGAUCACUUAUCGUUUCACGUCAACUUCCACCACCGAGCUAGUAUGCGUGCUCACAUUGCGCCAGGAUAACAAUAACCAUGACCUUGCAUGUGAUCCACCCCCUUCACCCGUAUCCUUACCACAGCCAAGACAUAGCCAAAGCAGUGCCACGAGUACAACGAGCUGGACGAGUCGACUCAAACGAUUAUCGCAUUCACAACGCAUUGGAUCAACGUGGAUCUAUAUUGGUGGUGGUAGUAGUGCUCUUGCCGCUGGUCAUUAUCAAACUUCUUCUCCGCCUUCUUCAACAACACCCAACUUUGUAACCACACCACCAUCAUCCUAUGAGGAUGGCACAGUGAUGUUUUCUAUCGAGACAUUGUCUUCUUCUUCAGUAGCAGCAAGUGCAAACAAUAGCAUGAUGGAAAGCAUCGAAGGAAAUUUUACAUCAUCAUCAACCUUUCAACAGCAACAGCAGGAAGAUGUUGCCGCCUUGCGCUUUUCCAAGAUCAGCGGAUGCAGCAAGGUUUUCAAGCUUGCAACUGGAUGGAUCAACGGUGUACUUUUAAGCCCUUGA